AUGGACGGGAGGCGUCAAAAUCGACCAAGGGCCAACUUCCAAGAUGACGUGAAGGGCGUUGGCUCAAUUGUGGCAUUGCUAGCAGACCGCCAAAGCUUGAUGGGUGAAGAAGGUAGCCGUAUAAAAAAUUUGGAUGUAUCUGAAAGUCUCCGCAGUUUUGUGGGGCAUUCUCAGGAACAGAGCGUUGAGUCCCUUCUGAGGUUGUCAACACCGGGAGGAGGAUGGAGCCUGAAGCGUCAUUACUUCAAGACUCUCCCGUUGGGAGUUCGCAUUGGUAGCUAUGUAGGUGCUUCAGAUGGAUAG